AUGAGGUUACAACCUGAAACCAUACCAUCCAUAUUAUUCCAGUGUAAACUUAUUCCAAAAAAUUUAGAUCUAGAAAAUGAAGGUGGGUCUCUCUGUUCAGAGAAUUUUUAUAGGGAUAGAAAUGAACAUAGUGUGUUAUUUAUUGCUUUUCAGAAUAGCCAUAAACUUAUUUUGAUUGUCAAUUGUUGUAUUUUAGCAAAAGUUGACGGCGUCAUUAUAAUGUGGGAUUACUUAGUUUGUUAUUCUUUCUUCUCCCAUUGUUUGUCGUUUUUUAUUUUAUUUUUUUUUUUUUUUUGUUUUUAUUUUGCGUUCUUUUUCAAUCCGUUGGCCGGCCUUGCCAGGUGGAAGUUGGCUACUGUUGUUAUCGUUAUCCGAAAUAUUUUCCGGUUUUUUUUUCUUCAUUAUUAA